UCAGCCUGCUCUUACCUGGAGUUUCACUACCAUGGACUUAACCGAGGAUAGCGCUGUGGAAAUUAUCCUGUGCUGACCCAAUUCUUCACACGUUGCUCUCUCUCUCUCUGUCUUUGACGCCUUCUUCAUCUCUGCCAGGUGCAGUCAACCCUGAGGAACCAUGUCGGACAAGAUGUCCAGUUUCCUCCAUAUUGGGGACAUUUGUUCCCUGUAUGCAGAGGGCUCCACCAGUGGAUUUAUCAGCACUUUAGGGCUUGUGGAUGACCGCUGUGUGGUACAACCAGACACAGGCGACCUCAACAACCCACCCAAGAAAUUUAGAGACUGCCUUUUCAAACUGUGUCCCAUGAACAGAUACUCAGCACAGAAACAGUUCUGGAAGGCGGCAAAACCUGGAGGCAACAGCACUACUGACACAGUCCUCCUCACCAAACUCCACCAUGCUGCUGACCUGGAGAAGAAGCAGAAUGAGUCUGAAAACCGCAAGCUGCUGGGAACAGUCAUCCAGUAUGGAAAUGUCAUUCAGUUGCUGCACCUGAAAAGCAAUAAAUACCUGACAGUGAACAAGCGCCUACCUGCACUGCUGGAGAAGAAUGCCAUGAGAGUGACUCUGGACUCAGCGGGAAACGAGGGAUCCUGGUUCUACAUCCAGCCCUUCUACAAGCUGCGGUCCCUAGGAGACAGUGUGGUGAUUGGAGAUAAAGUGGUCCUUAACCCUGUGAAUGCGGGUCAGCCUCUACAUGCCAGCAGCCACCAGCUAGUAGACAACCCAGGAUGCAAUGAGGUUAAUUCUGUAAAUUGCAACACGAGUUGGAAAGUUGUUCUGUUCAUGAAAUGGAGUGACAACAAAGAAACAAUACUUAAAGGGGGUGACGUAGUUCGGUUGUUCCAUGCAGAGCAGGAGAAGUUCCUCACGUGUGACGACCACAGGAAGAAGCAGUAUGUUUUUCUUAGAACAACCGGCCGGCAGUCUGCCACUUCUGCCACCAGCAGCAAAGCACUGUGGGAAGUAGAGGUGGUCCACCAUGACCCAUGCAGGGGAGGUGCAGGCUACUGGAACAGCCUGUUCAGGUUUAAACACUUGGCCACUGGGUGUUAUUUGGCUGCUGAGAUGGGUGAGGUGAAUCAAGACUUUGAGGAGGAGAGUGCUGAGCAGCAGUCCUCGGAUGCUGAUAAUGAAGCUUUACGAGGUCGUCUGCGAGCUCCACAGGAGAAGAUCAUGUACACUUUGGUGCCAGUUCCUGACGGCAUGGACAUCUCCUCCAUCUUUGAGUUGGACCCUACCACUCUGAGAGGGGGGGACUCCAUGGUGCCCAGGAGCUCGUAUGUAAGGCUAAGACACCUGUGCACCAACACGUGGGUUCACAGCACCAACAACCCCAUCGACAAAGAGGAAGAGAAACCUGUUAUGUUACGGAUUGGAACAUCAGCUGUAAAAGAGGACAAGGAAGCUUUUGCCAUUGUACCAGUGCCACCAGCAGAAGUGCGUGAUUUAGACUUUGCCAAUGAUGCGAGUAAAGUGCUGGCAUCCAUCGCUGGCAAGCUUGAAAAGGGCACCAUUACACAAAAUGAAAGAAGGUUUGUGACAAAGCUCCUGGAGGAUCUAGUUUUCUUUGUGGUGGACAUUCCCAACAGUGGGCAGGAUGUUUUGGAGAUCAUGGUUAACAAACCCAACAGAGAAAGACAGAAACUCAUGAGAGAGCAGAAUAUCCUGAAGCAGAUUUUCAAACUUCUCCAAGCCCCUUUCACAGACAGUGGAGAUGGUCCCAUGCUACGACUGGAGGAGCUUGGAGACCAGCGUCAUGCUCCGUUUAGACACAUUUGCAGGCUUUGCUACAGAGUGUUACGCCAUUCCCAGCAGGAUUACAGGAAGAACCAAGAAUACAUAGCCAAACAAUUCCGCUUCAUGCAGAAGCAGAUAGGAUAUGAUGUGCUGGCAGAAGACACAAUAACAGCUCUGCUCCACAACAACCGCAAACUGCUGGAGAAACAUAUUACUGCUGCUGAGAUAGACACAUUUGUGACCCUAGUGAGGAAGAACCGGGAGCCGAGGUUUCUGGACUACCUCUCAGAUCUCUGCGUGUCCAUGCAAAAGUCCAUCCCUGUGACACAGGAGCUGAUCUGCAAUGCAGUACUGGACCCUACCAAUGCUGACAUUCUCAUAGAAACCAAAUUGGUCCUGUCGAGGUUUGAAAUUGAGACGCCAACGAAUGGAGAAAGUCCAGUGGAGGCAGAGGAUGAAGAGGAGGUCUGGCUGUUCUGGAAAGACAAUUGUAAGGAGAUCCGCAGUAAGAGCAUUCGGGAGUUGGCUCAGGAUGCAAAGGAAGGCCAGAAGGAGGACCAGGAGGUGGUCAGCUACUACAGGUGUCAGUUGAAUCUCUUUGCCCGGAUGUGUCUGGACCGUCAGUACUUGGCCAUCAACAAGAUCUCUGGUCAGCUGGAUGUUGAUUUGAUCCUGCGCUGUAUGUCUGACGAGGACCUGCCCUUUGACUUGCGAGCGUCUUUCUGCCGCCUGAUGCUGCACAUGCAUGUGGACCGUGACCCUCAGGAGCAGGUCACACCGGUCAAAUACGCCCGUCUCUGGUCUGAGAUUCCCUCUAAGAUCGCCAUUGAUGACUAUGACAACGAUGGAACCACCAGAGAUGAGAUCAAAGAGCGGUUCUGUCUCACUAUGGAUUUUGUGGAGAACUACCUGAGAGAGGUGGUGUCGCAGAAUAUUCCCUUCUCUGACAAGGAGAAAAACAAGCUUACCUUUGAGGUAGUGAACCUGGCAAGGAACCUCAUAUACUUUGGUUUCUACAAUUUUAGCGACCUGCUGCGACUGACAAAGAUCUUACUGAACAUUUUAGACUGUGUCCAUGUCAGCACCAUUUAUCCCAUCAACAAGAUAGAGAAAGGAGAGGAGAACAAAGCUGGCAGUAAUGUGAUGAAGUCCAUCCAUGGAGUCGGGGAGUUGAUGACCCAGGUAGUGCUGCGAGGAGGCGGCUUGUUGCCCACCACACCAACACAUCAGCCUGAGGGAGAUGUGGUGAAAACACAGAUUGAACCAGAGAGAGAAGACAUCAUGGUCAUGGACACGAAACUCAAGGUCAUAGAGAUUCUACAGUUCAUUUUAAAUGUCCGGCUAGACUACAGGAUCUCCUGCCUGCUCUGUAUUUUCAAACGUGAGUUUGAUGAGAACAACCCACAAGCAGACAACACUGCCAGUCAGAACGGAACCAAUAAUGUCGCAGGUCAGAUGCCGGGAAAUCUUGAUUUUGAGAACAUUGAAGAACAGGCAGAGGGGAUUUUUGGAGGAAGCGAGGAGAAUACUCCCCUCGACCUGGAUGACCACGGUGGUCGUACAUUCCUUAGGGUCCUGCUGCAUCUGACAAUGCAUGAUUACCCUCCCCUGGUGUCUGGAGCGCUUCAUCUGCUCUUCAGACACUUCAGCCAGAGGCAGGAGGUCCUCAUGGCCUUCAAACAAGUUCAGCUGCUGGUGACCAGUCAGGAUGUGGAUAACUACAAACAGAUCAAGUCAGAUCUGGACCAGCUGCGUUCUAUUGUAGAGAAGUCUGAACUGUGGGUUUAUAAGAGGCAAGGAGAAGAUGGGAUGGAUGGAGAUGGACCUUCAGAAUCUGACAACAAAAAGAAGGGAGACUCACCUACAUCAGACAAGAAGAAUUCAGAAAGCACCAGCAGUUACAACUACAGGGUUGUAAAAGAGAUUCUGCUGCGUCUCAGUAAGCUGUGUGUCCAGGAGGGGAGCUCAGGGAAGAAGAGUAAGAAACAGCAGCAGAGGCUGCUGAGGAACAUGGGAGCUCACAGUGUGGUGCUGGAGCUCCUACAGAUCCCCUAUGAGAAGGGUGAGGAUGUCCGAAUGCAGGAGAUCAUGAAACUUGCUCAUGAGUUCCUGCAGAAUUUCUGUGCAGGGAAUCAGCAAAAUCAGGCUCUUCUCCACAAGCAUAUCAACUUGUUUCUCAACCCAGGGAUUCUGGAGGCAGUCACCAUGCAGCACAUCUUCAUGAAUAACUUCCAGCUGUGCAGUGAGAUUAACGAACGAGUGGUUCAGCACUUUGUCCACUGCACUGAGACUCAUGGUCGUCAUGUCCAAUAUCUCAAGUUCCUGCAGACCAUUGUGAAGGCCGAGAACAAGUUCAUCAAGAAGUGUCAGGACAUUGUCAUGGCGGAGCUGGUGAACUCAGGCGAGGACGUCCUGGUCUUCUACAACGACCGUGCCUCCUUCCAGACCCUGGUCCAGAUGAUGCGUUCGGAGCGGGACCGCAUGGAUGAAAACAGCCCUCUAAUGUACCACAUCCACCUGGUGGAGCUGCUGGCUGUCUGCACUGAGGGCAAGAACGUCUACACUGAGAUCAAGUGUAACUCCCUGCUGCCCCUGGAUGAUAUCGUACGGGUCGUCACCCAUGAAGAUUGUAUUCCUGAGGUGAAGAUUGCCUAUAUCAACUUCCUGAACCACUGCUAUGUGGACACAGAGGUGGAGAUGAAGGAGAUUUAUACCUCCAACCACAUGUGGAAGCUAUUUGAGAACUUCCUGGUGGACAUUUGUAGGGUGUGCAACAAUACCAGUGACAGGAAGCAUGCGGACACCAUGCUGGAGCGUUAUGUAACUGAGACCGUCAUGAGCAUUGUCACGUGUUUCUUUAGCUCUCCUUUCUCUGACCAGAGCACAAGCCUGCAGACUCGUCAGCCAGUAUUUGUACAACUGCUUCAGGGAGUGUUUAGGGUGUACCACUGUAACUGGCUGAACCCGGUUCAGAAGGCCUCAGUGGAGGCUUGUAUUAAAGUACUCUCAGACGUGGCUAAAAGCAGAGCCAUUGCCAUCCCAGUGGACUUGGACAGUCAGGUGAACAACUUGUUUGUGAAGUCCAAUAAUGUUGUGCAGAAGAGCAUCCUUAGCUGGAGGCUGUCUGCUAAGAACACCUCCAGACGAGACUCGGGCCUGACUUCCUCCAAGGACUACAGAAACAUCAUUGAGAGGCUACAGGACAUAGUGUCAGCGCUGGAGGACCGACUGAGGCCGCUGGUCCAAGCUGAGCUCUCAGUGCUUGUUGAUGUCCUACAUCGUCCAGAGCUACUCUUCCCUGAGAACACAGACGCUCGCAAGAAAUGUGAAAGUGGAGGAUUCAUAUCAAAACUGAUCAAACACACCAAGCAGUUGCUGGAGGAGAAUGAGGAGCGUCUGUGCAUCAAAGUACUGCAGACACUGAGGGAAAUGAUGACAAAAGACCGUGGCUAUGGGGAGAAGCUGAUUGCCUUUGAUGAUGAAAUGGAUGUGGCUGAGCUGGCACCUCCACCCGAGCCUGAAGUCCCUGCUGAGGAGCUUGAUCCCAACCAGCCACAGAAGCAACUGGAGGAUCAAAGGAGGGGCGAAGCUCUGCGGCAGAUCUUGGUCAACCGAUACUAUGGGAAUGUCAAACCUGGCCAGAGGAGAGAUAGCCUCACAACCUUCAGCAACGGUCCACUGUCUCCUGGAGCACAGGGAAAAUCACCUACAGUUGUCAGCUCCGGAGUUGGAGGUCGAGGGGAGCUGAGUUUGGCAGAGGUCCAGUGCCACCUGGACAAAGAAGGGGCUUCCGAUCUGGUAAUUGAUCUCAUCAUGAACGCUACCAGCGACCGAAUCUUCCAGGAGAGCAUACUGUUGGCCAUCGCUUUGCUGGAGGGUGGAAACACAGUCAUCCAGCGGUCAUUCUACCAUCGUUUGACAGGGGACAACAAGUCCGAAAAAUUCUUCAAGGUGUUUUAUGAGCGCAUGAAGCUGGCUCAGCAGGAGAUCAAAGCCACUGUGACAGUUAAUACCAGUGACCUGGGCAGCAAGAAGAAGGAUGAGGAGCCACCAGACAAAGACACACCAGCACGCAAGAAAGUCAAAGAUGUGCCCGUAGUGGCAGUGGUGACCGAGGAGGUGAAGGAGCAGCUGGUGGAGGCCUCCGUUGUCACCAAGAAGGCCUUCACGACCUACCGCCGCGAGGCCGAAGCUGAAGAGCACCAAGCGGCCGUCGAUGGCACUCCCGUCCCGACUGCUGAUAAGGGUCAGGAGGAAGGCGAGAUGAGUGUCAUCAUCACCAUCAUGAAGCCCAUCUUGCGCCUCAUGCAGCUGCUCUGUGAGAACCACAACAGAGAUCUGCAGAACUUUCUGCGCAACCAGAACAACAAGAAUAACUACAACCUGGUGUGUGAGACCCUUCAGUUCCUGGACUGUAUCUGUGGCAGCACCACAGGGGGACUCGGGCUGCUGGGACUCUACAUUAAUGAGAAGAACGUAGGACUCAUCAACCAGACUGUGGAGAGCCUGACUGAGUACUGCCAAGGUCCCUGUCAUGAGAACCAGAACUGCAUUGCCACUCAUGAAUGCAAUGGUAUUGACAUCAUCAUUGCGCUCAUCCUCAAUGACAUCAACCCCCUUGGCAAGAAGAGGAUGGAUCUGGUGCUAGAGCUCAAAAAUAAUGCCUCCAAGCUUCUUCUCGCAAUUAUGGAGAGUCGCCAUGACAGCGAGAAUGCUGAGAGGAUACUGUACAACAUGAGGCCUAAAGAACUGGUGGAAGUGAUCAAAAAGGCCUACAUGCAGGGUGAGAUAGAGGUAGAAGAGCCACCAGAGGGUGAAGAUGGAGAGGAGGAGCACUCUGCAUCUCCACGCAAUGUCGGCCAUAAUAUCUACAUCUUGGCACAUCAAUUAGCCCGUCACAACAAGGAGCUGCAGGCCAUGUUGAAGCCAGGGGGGACAUACGGAGAGGGGGACGAGGCCCUGGAGUUUUACGCCAAACACACAGCACAGAUUGAGAUCGUACGGCUUGAUCGCACCAUGGAGCAGAUAGUGUUUCCUGUGCCCAACAUCUGCGAGUUCCUCACCCAAGAGUCCAAGCUGCGUGUCUACUACACCACAGAGCGGGAUGAACAAGGCAGUAAGAUUAAUGACUUCUUCCUGCGCUCUGAGGACCUCUUCAAUGAGAUGAAUUGGCAGAAGAAGCUGCGAGCUCAGCCCAUCCUGUACUGGUGCUCCAGGAACAUGUCAUUCUGGAGCAGCAUCUCCUUCAACCUGGCUGUGCUCAUGAACCUACUAGUGGCCUUCUUCUACCCUCUGGAGGGUGUCCGUGGAGGUACCCUGGAGCCCCAUCUUUCUGCCCUGCUGUGGAUGGCCAUGCUGGUUUCUCUGGCUAUUGUCAUCGUCUUGCCUCAGCCUCACGGUAUCCGGGCACUCAUUGCUUCCACCAUCCUGCGCCUGAUCUUCUCUGUUGGCCUGGAGCCCACAUUGCUCUUGCUGGGGGGUUUCAAUUUAUGUAAUAAGGUGAUCUUCCUGACGAGCUUCGUUGGAAACCGUGGAACCUUCACGCGUGGCUACAUAGCCAUGAUCAUGGAUGUGGAGUUCCUGUACCACCUGCUCUACCUGAUUAUCUGCAGCCUGGGGGUCUUCGUUCAUGUCUUCUUUUACAGCCUGCUACUCUUUGAUCUGGUUUACCGAGAGGAGACCUUGCUGAACGUGAUAAAGAGUGUGACCCGCAACGGCCGCUCCAUUGUUCUGACAGCCGUGCUGGCUCUUAUCCUCGUCUACCUCUUCUCCAUUGUGGGCUACAUCUUCUUCAAAGACGAUUUCAUUUUGGCUGUCGACAGGAUACCCAACAAAACACUAGAGCAUGGAGCCAGUAUGGUUGGAGAGUUCUUCUCUGGUGGAGUGUGCCAGAAGGAAAAUGGGGAGAACUGUUCAACAGAGGCUGUGAUGGAUGCUUCCAUUGCCAUCCAGCCGUCAGCAGUGGUGAUCGAGGACAAGGAGAGAACAUGUGACUCCCUGCUCAUGUGCAUUGUCACAGUAUUGAGUCACGGCCUGAGGAGUGGAGGAGGUGUUGGGGACGUCCUUAGGAAGCCAUCCAAAGAGGAGCCCCUCUUCGCAGCCAGGGUGAUUUACGACCUGCUCUUCUUCUUCAUGGUCAUCAUUAUUGUCCUCAACCUCAUCUUUGGUGUCAUCAUCGAUACAUUUGCCGACCUGAGGAGUGAGAAGCAGAAAAAAGAGGAAAUCCUGAAGACAACAUGUUUUAUUUGUGGUUUGGAGAGAGACAAGUUUGACAAUAAGACCGUUACCUUCGAAGAACACAUCAAAGUCGAGCACAACAUGUGGCACUACUUGUUCUUCAUCGUCCUGGUGAAGGUCAAGGAUUCCACAGAGUACACUGGGCCCGAGAGCUAUGUGGCUGAAAUGAUCAGGGAGCACAACUUGGACUGGUUCCCCCGGAUGAGGGCCAUGUCGCUGGUCAGUAGCGACGCAGAUGGCGAGCAGAACGAGAUCAGAAACCUGCAGGAAAAACUGGAGUCCACCAUGAAACUGGUGUCCAACCUGUCGGGCCAGCUGACGGAGCUCAAAGAACAGAUGACAGAACAGAGGAAGCAGAAGCAGCGGAUUGGCCUGUUGGGACACCCUCAGCACAUGAACGUCAACCCCCAGCAGCCCGCAUAAGGUCAGGUGACACGGCCCUGAAGCAGCUCACAGUGUCGGCUGUUUGUCUGGACGGAGUGUGCAGUCCUCACUCAGAGAUUGCUCAUGAUGUAUACUGCACUGAGUGUAAUUAAUAACGGUAGGGAAACACUGUAACAUAGGUAGUCAUAAGGCGAUGUGUAGCUCUACCCCACGCACGUGUUACUCCACACAGUAACACUCACCCACCUCGUUCUGUUCAGUCCAGUUGGAAACGGUGCCAAAUGUUUUCUGUGUAGAAAUAAAUUGGAUUUCUCAACACAUGGCCUUUACUGGUUGAACUUGAAACAUGCUAAAGCUGACUGGACAGGAGGAAUUAGUCCCCUUUUGUUUUGUUUUUUAUUUUAUUUAAAUGUUUUCUAUUUCUAUUUCUGGCAUAACAAGCAGUAUUAAAUGUUGUGCAAUAUAUUAACUUAAAUAUGCAACCUCAUUGGUGUGUGGAUUUAAGUUCCAUCAGUCAUGUCUUAUUUAAAAGCGUGGGCCAAUUUGUAUUGUCUCUGGAUAAAUUAGGGAGUAGUUGGUUUUCUUUCCUUGCGCAAAUAUAGAGAUAAUAUUUAAUAAGCUGGCCUCCUCAAUUUUACUGUUUUCUUUUUUUUCUUGAAAAUGUGCAUACUCCUGGAGUGUCAACUGCGCUCAGUAGAGAUUGUGUGAGAGCAAUAUAUACAGAUAGUUUCUUUCACCUGUGUAAAUCCAAUGGUGUCAUAUCUCAGUGCUAACUUAUUUUAUGAUAAAUUUGCUUUCUUAUUUAUUUGGGGUUUAAAGGACAUUUAGAAUAUUUGACUAGUCGGUCAGAUAUACUGUGUUUAUUUAUUCAGUAACACUCAUGCUAUUACAAUUUGCUCAGGAGUCUUUUACUGUAAUAAAUGUCAUUAGCAUAAUUUCCUGUCUCUCAGUAAACACGUUCCAUUGGUGCCUGUUUUUGUCUUUGUUUAAAGUCUGAUUCAUGUUCGCUGCUGGUGCAGAGUCACUAAUGUUGAUUUCCACUGAAAUGUAUUAGCUGGUUCUCACGCUACUGUUAGGAUGAUCUCUUUUUUGGACUACUAUGUGUACAUAAAGUUUGUUGCUUAUCUUUGCUUUUGUAUAGAAAAAUGAGAUGAAGGAAAAAACUGUUACUCAUGAAUGAUAAGAUUAACUCAGAAUCUAAGCGCUGUCAAUUUGUAUAUUAAAGUAGAAUUAUUUAUUAAA